AUGGUGAUGGGCGAUGGUACUUCAAGGGCGCAAAGCGCGCUGGCGGUGAAGGAGAUUAAGGUGGACGCGGCGACGAACGAGCCGCUGCUCUGCCAUCGGCUGGAGAAGGAUAACUUCCCUGUGGUGCGUGCUGCUGACAUGGCGUGUGCUGCUGACAUGGAUUCUUGUCCUGCUGAAGUGUUGCGAGGAGCAGUGGCUGAUUGGCCGGCGCUGACCCGAUGGGACCUCAUCAACAGCUCUCACGCACGGGAAUACUUACAGCAUCUGGUGGGAUCAGCUCCCGUGCAGCUCAUCAUGACUCGCACAGAGCCACUCGUCUCUGCUGUGCGCUCACAACAAGCACAUGGGACACAAUCACAUGAAGCAGAGUCACAUGCAUCGCAGCAGCUUCCCUUGGCUUACUUCGAUGGAGCAUUGCGCAAGCACGAGCGGAUAGCAGCUACAUUUUCUGAUGCUCUUGCACUGGCGUGUGCGUCUCCCCUUGCUGCGGGAGCUGAAGCAAGCACCAGGGGGAGAACCCACGGUGUUGCAGCUGCCGCUCCUGCCACGGGUACUGCUGACAGUGCUGCUCGCACUCCUGCCCCUCCGGCCACCGGUGCUCCUGGGAAUGGUGCUGCUGGCAGUGCUGAGGAGAAGGGGGAUGGGCACCGACUGCAAGGGGGCGAGGGGAAAGGAUCUGAGGGUCGAGGGGGCGAAGGGGAGGAGCAGGAUGGUGCUGGCACUCCUGCCCCUCCGGCCACCGGUGCUCCUGGGAAUGGUGCUGCUGGCAGUGCUGAGGAGACAGGAGACGGGGCUCGACCGCAAGGGGGUGAGGGGAAAGGAACUGAGGCGGGAGGGGGCGAGGAGGAGCAGGGCGGUGGGUUGCAGGAGAUGAUACGAGACAUGGCAUCUGGUGCAGCUCCACUGGCGUUCUACCUCGCCCAGAAUCCCAUCUUCGAUCGCCAGCAGCCACAUCAACAAUUCCCACUCUCGCCCUUGCUGCAAGAUGCUCCUAUUCCAUCGGUGCUGGAUGCAUCUCGCCUCACGUCGGCCAAUCUGUGGAUGACACUUGGCGGACCCUCCUCCUCCUCGCCUCACUACGACCUCUUUCACAACCUGCUCUGCAUUGCGACCGGCUCUAAAACAGAGCAGUUCGCCUGUGGCCGCCAUCUGCUGGACCCCAUGCCUCUGUACUCCGAAUCAUCCAAUCACGUCCAUCCCCACCCGUCUCCGCUCCAUCUGUCCCAAGAGGCAGCAGUGGCAGCAGCCACGGUGACUCUUCAUGCGGGGGACGCGCUCUUCCUGCCUGAAGGCUGGGUUACCAGCACACCAGCCACCAUCGCCAUCAACUUCUGGUGGCCCUCCUUAGUGUGCCUCUCGUUUGGAUCACACAUGGACCUCUAUUACGCAAGGAGAGUGCUCACAAGCCUGCUCGAAGCUCAUAAGGAAUGCACGGCAAAGCGAGCAGCACUGACAGACGCAGGAGGGGCGGAGGGUGAGGGUGCUCCUGUUGAGGUGCUUCAAAAGGCAGGAGCGGUGGAGGGUGAAGGAGGAGGGAUCAAUGGGCGAGGAGAAAAGCCGGCAGCGUUGCCGACCAAUGUAGGAGGGACGGAGUUCGAAGGGGCUGCUUUUGAGGGGCGUGAAAAGGCAGGGGCGGUGGAGGGUGAGAGAGGAGGAGGCUACAUUGGCCGGACAGUGAAGUCGGCAGCAGCGCUGACAGAUGCAGGAGAGGCGGAGCAUGAAGGGGCUGCUUUUGAGGGGCGUGAAAAGGCAGGGGCGGUGGAGGGUGAGAGAGGAGGAGGCAGCGACAUUGGGCGAUCAGAAAUGCCAGCAGCAGCAGAGGUGACUUUUGAAUCGAUUGAAACGCUGACAGGAGGGGUGGGGCUUAAAGGAGAAGAAGGAGCAAGGGUGGAAGGGGGGAAAGGAAGGAGAGAGGAAGCAGGAAGCGAACGGAGGGAGGAAGAGGGGAAGGGAAGGAGGGAGGAUUGGGGGAAGGGAAGGAGGGAGGAAGAGGGGAAGGGGAGGCGGGAGCUGAUGGAAGGGUUGAGGAAAGGAAGAAAGAAGAAGAGGGGGGAGUGGGAGGAGAUGCAAGAGGAGGAAGAGGGGGAACAUGAGGAAGAGGAGGACGAGGAAGAGGAGGAGGAGGAAGAGGAAAAGGAGGAGGAGGAAGAGGAAGAGGAGGAAGCGGAGAAAAAAAGAAACGACAUUUUUUCGAGAGUGGAGACUGUGAUUGCUGCUCUACACCCGGCCUCACUACGCAAUGUGCUCCUAGUCAUGGCUCACGCCUUCCCCCUCUCCGCACAUCAUCUGCUGCACCACGCACUCUCGCCCCUCUCUGCUUUCCUCAUCACCUCUCGCCUAGAUGCUGAUGCUGUGCCUCCAUCCCUUCCCACUGCUGCCGCCACUGCUGACACUGCCACUGCCACCGCCGCCGCCACCGCCACUGCCGCCACUGGUGGUUGGGACCAUGCUGCUGCUGCUGUUAGCACAGCUGAUACUGCUCCCUAUGGCAAUGGCAACAGCAGUGGAGUUAACAGCACCAGCAGCAGCAGCAGCAGCAGCAGUGGCGGAGGGUUCUUUGAGGAGUUUUACGAUGCUCUUCCUGAUCCCGCCUCUGCAGCUGCUGCAAUGCUGCGAGGCGUGGAAGAGCACAACAAAAAGUCGCUGAAAGAGGUGGUGGAGCUGGUCUGUGCGUUUGAGUCAAGACCCGAGUAG